AAGCACAGGUACCAUGUACUAUGGUAGGUGAAGAUAUCACUUCAUCACAUGCUAGAGAUAUAAUAUAGCUAGGAAUAAAUAACAAUAUAUAAGGAUAUUUAUAACUAUAAGGAAAUUGGGAGGAAAAUUUUUGAAUGGAGAGAUUAGCUAUAUUUGUUCUGUUACUUGUUUCACCCCACAUUCAGACAAUCUAUACUGCUGAAAUCGACAUCAUUUCAGAUCUACAGUCCCUGACAGAACAAGACACGUUGGUCUCAUCGGAUGGAACCUUUGAACUGGGCUUUUUCACGCCAGGUAGCUCUGGGAAUAGAUACCUUGGUAUUUGGUAUAAGAAAAUAACUGUUAAAACAGUGGUUUGGGUUGCCAACAGAUCUCGUCCACUCACCGUCCCAUCAUCAGGCGUGUUAAGGAUUGUCCAUCCAGGAAAUCUAGUCCUCAUGGACAAUAUUACCAGUGGUAUAUUGUGGUCAUCCAACACAACAUCAUCAGGUAAUGCAACUGCAAAGCUUGAUGACAUGGGAAAUUUAGUCAUGACAGACGGAGACAACAAAAAGAUUCUCUGGCAGAGUUUUGAUUAUCCUACUGAUACUCUUUUAUCUGGCAUGAAGUUUGGGAGGGACUUGUUGACGGGCAAGGAAUGGCAUCUAUCAUCAUGGAAAAGUAGUGAUGAUCCAGCUCCAGGUGAAUUUACCUACAGCAUUGACACACACGGUUAUCCUCAGGACAUACUCAAACAAGGUGCUGAUGUCAAGUUCCGGGCAGGACCAUGGAAUGGUCGACGGUUUAGUGGCGCCUCAGAGUUCAGCCGGAACAAAAUCUUUACUUACAAUAUGAUUAUUAAUGAAACAAUGGUAGCUUUUACUUAUGAUCUAAUAAACAGUUCGGUGGUAUCAAGGUUCUUCUUGGAUUCUUCCGGGGAGCUACAGCGUUCGGUAUGGGUGGAAGAUGCUAAAAAGUGGCAGCUUAUUGUUAAAUUACCAAGAGGGAUAUGUGACACAUACAACAUUUGUGGCGCUUAUGGAAGUUGUAGCACUGAGAACUCACAAGCAUGUUCAUGCUUGAAUGAGACAAAAUUUGUGCCUCGAAACCCAAAGGGUUGGGAGGCAGCAGAUUGGUCUGGUGGUUGUGUGAGGCGAACACCAUUGGACUGCAAAAAUGUAUCAGAUGGUUUUAUAAGGUAUUCUGAUGUAAAAUUGCCGGACACACACACUUCCUGGUUUAACAUGAGCAUGACCCUAAAGGAAUGCGGAGCAAUAUGCCUAAAGAAUUGUACUUGUAUGGCUUAUGUGAAUACAAAUAUUACAGGGGAUGGAAGUGGCUGCUUGCUUUGGUUCAAUGACCUCUUAGACAUUAGAGUAAUAACCGAAGGCAACGGUGGUCAGGAUAUAUUUGUAAGAAUGGCUGCUUCUGAAUUAGUUGGUCAACCAGUUUCUGAGAACCGACGAACGGACAUUAUAAUCAUCUUGUUACCAGUCAUUAUGGGAUUUCUUCUUAUAGGCUUUAGCUUUAAAUUAUUUUGGUAUAGACUGAGAAAUAGGCGUCAUGCACAACCAAUGGGAGAAGGUGAAUCGGUUCAAGUCAGUGAAAGCCAGAAAGAAGCCAUGGAGCUACCAUUGUUUAGCUUCUCAAUAAUAGCACAAUCUACUGCUAGUUUUUCACCAGAAAAUAGACUUGGAGAGGGUGGAUUUGGGCCUGUUUAUAAGGGUCUGAUAGAAGGGAAAGAAAUUGCAGUUAAACGUCUCUCCAAGACUUCCAGACAAGGACUUGAAGAGUUCAAGAAUGAAGUCAUAUGCAUUUCAAAACUCCAGCACCGCAAUCUUGUUAAGCUCCUCGGAUGUAGCAUAGAGGGAGACGAGAAAUUGUUGAUCUAUGAAUACAUGCCAAACAGAAGCCUAGACUUUUUUAUAUUCGAUAAAACACAAAGCACACUUCUUGAUUGGACAAAGCGAUUCCACAUUAUUGAAGGAAUUGCCCGAGGACUUCUUUAUCUACAUCAAGAUUCACGACUAAGAAUCAUUCAUAGAGAUCUUAAAGCGAGCAAUAUUCUACUAGAUCUAGACAUGAAUCCUAAGAUAUCAGACUUUGGCAUAGCAAGAAGCUUUGGAGGAAAUGAGACUCAAGCAAAUACUGAUAGAGUUGUUGGCACAUACGGUUACAUGUCUCCGGAGUAUGCACUAGAUGGCAUUUUCUCAACAAAGUCAGAUGUCUUUAGCUUUGGUGUUUUGGUGCUGGAGAUUGUAAGUGGGAGUAGAAACCGGGGAUUCAUUCAUACUAAGCAUGACAAUAACCUUAUUGGACAUGCAUGGAGAAUGUAUAAUGAAGGCCGGUCAAUGGAGCUCGUUGAUUCAACUUUAGAUGAACCAAGUGAUUCAUCCGAAGUUUUAAGAUCAAUCGAAGUGGGUUUGUUAUGCGUUCAACAAAGUCCAGAAGACAGGCCAGACAUGUCAUCUGUGGUUCGAAUGUUGGGCAUUGAGGGUGCAUUACAGAAACCUAAGCAGCCGGCAUUUUUCACAGAAAGGAAAUUUCAUGGUGCUGAUUUCUCUUCGAGCACUUAUCCAACAAGCUCAACCAAUGAUUUAACUGUUACAGAAAUAGUUGCUCGAUAACGAGCACAUACAUAACUUCACUUUUAGGGUCGUGCUUUUUUGUAUUCUUGGUUCCAUCAAAUACAAUACAAUACAUUUCCGUUCCUAAUAAACACAUAACUUCACGUUAUAUACUUAUUUCUUUGUGUUU